UCCGUGGAUCCCUCUCACAGAAAGAAUGUUAAUAAUCUAAAUGCCAUCUUGAGGAUUUAUUGUCAUAAUAAACAAAUACAGUACUUAUGUACUGUAUGUUGAAUGUAUAUAUUCGUCCGAGUUUUAUUCAUUUUUUUUCUUAAUGCAUUGCCAAAAUGUAUAUGAUCGGGAAAAAUUAUCGGGAAUGGUUGGAAUUGAAUCGGGAGCAAAAAAACAUGAUCGGAACUAGAGGUGUGCAAAAUUUCCGAUUCUUAGAUUAUUCACGAUUCGGCCGUGAAAGAUUCGAGAACGAUUCACAAACAUCCAAAUUCCGAUUAUUGAAAUAUGCCAAGUAAAGCGAAGUACGGUCAAUGAGGAACGAAGCGAGAGUAGCUAAACGUCAUGCUUCUCAUUACCCGGCCCCUCGGGUAAUGCCACUGCUCAACUCACGGCUCUAGCUCAACUCAUGCCACGAGAUAAAAAAACACAACAACAUACCUGACUGCCGCCGAAAAGCUGCUACAAAGUACAUCCACAUAAUGUUAUGGACUAGACUACAUAAUAAUGGACCAGAUGCAAUAUAGAUUAGGUAGCGUUAGCAGCACACCUACAAAAAGCUAGAUGCGGGCGUUAGUAAACGGCCGCCAUCUUAAAGCAGUACACUUCCCUGCAAGGCUGUUGUAGCGAACCUUCCAAGCAAACCUAAUUAACAUUUUAUGUAAAAUACUCCUAAAUCAGUAAAAUAUUGACUUGAAUCUAUUUUUAAAAUAGUUUCAAAACUUUCACAUGUCGAAAGUAGACAAAAGGGAAAUUAUGGAAUAACGGGAGCAAUUUUAACAACUUUAACGGUUGAUUCACAACAUUAAAUUAAUUGAAUGUAGUUUAAGGCUGCUGAUACAGAAUGGGGACUGGAGUUUUUUAUUUACUGUUAUUUUUGUACAUUUUAUUUACUGCUAUAUGUUAACUUCAUACUGAAAUAGUAUUUUUGAGCAAUUUUGUAACUACUGUACAAAACAUUUAUUUAAAAAAAAAAAAAAGGAGGGGGUGCAUCAAUAAUCGUUUUAUAAUCGAAUCGGAGCCUCUGAAUCGUAAUCGAAUCGUUAGGUGCCCAAAGAUUCCCAGCUCUAAUCGGAACAACCCUAGAUAGUGAUUUGAACACAGUGAUUUUCUGUUUUUUUUCCCACAUUCUCUCUCUCAUGGUUGAGGUUUACCCAUGUUAACAAUUACAGACCUCUCUAAUCUUUUCAAGUUGAAGAACUUGCACAAUUGGUGGUUGACUAAAUACUUAUUUGCCCCACUGUAGACUCAAGAUUGUCCCAGGCAUAGACGUGAAUUGUUUAGCUAGUAGGCGUUAAUCAGCAUAUGACUGAUCGCAUGACUCGUCAGGAGAGCGAGCGUCUCGGUGUGAAGAGCUGAGUCACGUCUGCUCGUGUUACAGAUUCCAGCAAAAUUUGGUGUUCUCAUCAUUUGACCGGCGCCUGCAUGGCUCAAAAGAUUGGCUCUGCCUGAUGGAUCAUGGAUAGAAAAUCUAUGAUGGACUCUAGACGUACAGUACUUUGAAUGCCCGUCUUCACCUUGUUUCUAUUUAACACGUGUUUGUGUAAAGUAAGAGAAGGAAGAGGCAGCGAAAGGAACGGCCACAGGGUGGAGCCUCCACGUUUAAAACAAGUAAAGGCAAAAUGGAGGCGGGGGGAGGAGGGAGACCGCUUCCCACAUGUCUCUCGCCGUUAGCCGGCAGGGAGCCGUUCACUCCGCUUUGCAAGCAUCGCACCUAUCUUUGUCUCGUAUGGAUGGAUAUCUGGAGCGUAGGAAAGCAAAGGAACUGAAAGAAUUGUCUGUGUCAGACCAAGAAACCUUGGAGUGUUUGUCCAUCAGUGCCAGACGACCUUACUCCGGAGGAGCAGCAAGAACUGGAGAACAUCCGCCGGCGCAAGCUGGAGCUGCUGGAGGACAUUCAGCGGCUGAAGGAUGAGAUAGCAGAGGUGACCAACGAGAUUGAGAACCUGGGUUCCAGCGAAGAGAGGAAAACCAUGCAGAGGAACAAGCAGGUGGCCAUGGGGCGUAAGAAAUUCAACAUGGACCCCAAAAAGGGCAUUCAGUUCCUCAUUGAGAACGACCUGCUGAAGAACACCAGCGAUGACAUCGCUCAGUUCCUCUGCAAGGGGGAGGGGCUAAACAAAACGGCCAUUGGGGAUUACCUCGGGGAAAGAGAUGAAUUCAACAUCCAGGUCCUACACGCUUUUGUUGAACAUCAUGAAUUUACGGACCUCAACCUGGUUCAAGCACUAAGACAGUUCCUGUGGAGCUUCCGUCUACCGGGAGAAGCCCAGAAGAUCGACCGCAUGAUGGAAUCCUUCGCCCAGCGCUACUGCCAAUGCAACCCCGGCGUUUUCCAAUCCACAGACACCUGCUACAUCCUGUCGUUCGCCAUCAUUAUGCUCAACACCAGCCUCCACAACCCCAACGUGAAGGACAAGCCCAGCGUGGAGCGCUUCAUCUCCAUGAACCGGGGGAUCAACGAAGGAGGGGACCUACCCGAAGACUUGCUCAGGAAUCUGUAUGAUAGCAUUAAGAACGAGCCUUUUAAAAUCCCUGAAGACGACGGCAACGACCUCACGCACACCUUCUUCAACCCGGACAGAGAAGGCUGGCUUCUAAAACUGGGAGGAGGCCGCGUGAAAACCUGGAAGAGAAGAUGGUUCAUCUUAACCGAUAACUGCCUCUACUACUUUGAGUACACGACGGACAAAGAACCGCGAGGGAUCAUCCCGCUGGAGAACCUGAGCAUCCGAGAAGUGGAGGACAAGAAGCCUAACUGUUUUGAGCUUUUCAUCCCCGACAACAAGGACCAGGUGAUCAAGGCGUGCAAGACAGAGGCGGACGGUCGCGUGGUGGAGGGCAACCACACCUUCUACCGUAUCUCCGCCCCCACCACCGAAGAGAAGGACGAGUGGAUGAACAGUAUCAAGGCCGCCAUCAGCAGGGACCCCUUUUACGAGAUGCUGGCCGCCAGGAAGAAGAAGGUUUCAUCCCUGAAGAGGCACUGAGUAGCCGCUCCUCACCUCUCCUAGCUCGCCAAUUUGCACUCCAAGGUGCAGAUACCGGACUAGUUUUUUGGACUCCACUGCUCACAAAAAGCAAAAGGGUGUCUAACAAACUAAAGAGUCUCUUAACGCAUCCACCCGGCACGUUGAGCUCAGCAGGUCUGAACGCGUGUCAAAAAAGUAGUUUGUGAGGAAAAGAACCUUUCCCAAAACGCCUGGUUGCAGCUUUACUCCCUUUUUAUUUGCUUUUAUAUUAAAACGUUAAGGAAUGCCAACAGUUGAGACGUCAGUGAAAUACUCAGGCCCUUAUUUGGUAUUUUCAAGAAAAUGCUACUGGUUAGCGAUAAUAAAUCACUCCCUUAUGCUAAUAUUAAUAGCUAUAGCACAGUGCUACGGGUUUUUUUUGUUAUGCACAAGUUGCAUAUAGAAGGGCCACUGAUUGAUGUUCUCAGGUUUAUAACCAAAAACGUGGUUUUUACGAUGACGAGUGCCUGAUGUUUCUCUCCAAUUUCACUCCUUUCGGUGCACUAACACUUAGAGAAAACAAUCAUAUUGCUAGUCAGUAUUGGUAUUAUUUAUCGAUCUUGUUGUACAUACUUAAAUGUAUAGUGAGUACUUGUUUUUUGACUAUUAGUCAUGCCAUUUUUUUUUUUGUAACCCUGUUUUAAAAAAAUGAUCUAUUGUUGCCAUUUAAUCAUGUUAAAAUAAAAAAUGGAUCUGUCUAGAA